UCUUUGCACACCCCACCCACCGGCACAACCACUCCCUCUGCAUGAACUCCCUCCUCAAGGCCACGGCGGUUGCCGCCGUUGUGACCGUCCUGGCGGCGACGGCGGCGGCGGCCUCGUAUAUCUCCACGAGUCUCACCGCCGACUUCCUCUCGUCCCCUCCUUUCCUUUGGGCGGCAGCGAACGGCAUCAUCUGGUGGCUCUUCUCUUCCUCCCGACGGAGCAGAACUAGCACCACCUCUUCCUCGGCCGGCCACGACGGCGAGGUACUCGACGCCGUGGAUAGCCUCUAUCCGUUGUCGGAGUACGAGGCCUUCGACGCGGUGGGUCGUCUUGCAGGCGCGCAGGUGUUCAAGUCAAAGAGGCCGGGCCGAGAGGCAAAAACGGCCAGGAGAAGCGACCGCCCCCGCGCGCGCAAGAAGUCGGGCGGCGAGGAGGAACCGAGCCCAAGGACCGUCGCGGUGGACGCCUACGACGACAAACGCGGUGAGGAGGUGCCUGUAACCGUCGCAACCGCUGAGGCCCAGACCGACGACGCCGACCAUUCUAUCGACUCGAUGUGGCAGACCAUCGUGCAACGGCGCGCGGCGCGGCCGGUAGCCGUGCGGAAGAGCGAGACGUGGGCCAGCGACGAACUGCCGCGGCUGCAGCGCGCGGCCGAGACGGCCGUGGCGCGGCGGGAGAUGCGGAAGUCCAUCUCGUCGGUGGCCCCGCCUCCACCACUGGCGGAACCGUCGGCGGCCAGGCAGCUGGGGUGGCGCACGAUUGUGAUGGCGCCAGACGACCUGCUGCGGCGCGCGGAGAGCUUCAUCCGGCAGCACCACGAGAACCUGCGCCUGCAGCGGCAGGAGUCCGAGCAGCGCCACCGCCCCGCCCACGCGCUCAUCCGCGUCUAAGACCGGCCGGCGCGCGCCUCACAGACGCCCAUGCAUCGCGCUAGUGCAUGCAUGCUUGUGUUAACCAGAUCUCGAUCGAUAGAUGCAUGCGUGCGUGCGUGCAUGCAAGGCCGUGUACAGAAGUAACAGAAGCCAUCGACGUGCCACGGAAGCAGAAGCAUGAAGGAAGCAGAAUAGUGUGUACGUACGUAUGUAGGAUCUGGCCAUGUUUGUGUGCAUCAGAGGACUCAGCAUGUACUAGGUCCUCCUCCCUUGUAGAUUAUAUACAUGUUUGUAUGCGAGUAUCUUGAUCUCACCACGUAGAAAGAUCCGCUAUAUAUGUAAAUUAAACUCUGAAUAAAUGGAGAGGUGCCCUAGAAAAUCGUUUCUU